AUGACAGAGCAAAGUUAUAACCCAUUUUCAGGCUACGGCCGACCUGGACGUCAUUCCUCCGCCGUUGGCAUGGCGAAUGGGGGGGGAGGGCUUGACGGGAAGGUGAUGCCCCCUGUGGACUGGGCGAAGAAGUCGCUCGUCGCGGCGAAAUGGAAAGUGGUGGAUGUGGAUGCCAUCAAACGGGCUGCCGCCGCCAAGUCCAAAACGAACGGUUCGGGGGGAGGGAGCUAUGGGAAAAACGGCGGCGACGGGGCGUUAACGGAGCAGGAAGCCCAAGCCUGGCGUGAGGCGCAUGGGAUCACCAUCUUCGCGGACAACGGAAGCUGUCCGGCGCCCUUGACGGAGUUCAGCAUGCUCGCGGGCGAGAAUGUCCCCUCCUACCUGCACACCAAACUCUCCUCGCAGGGCUUUAAGGCCCCGACGCCCGUGCAGGCGCAGUGUUGGCCGGUCCUUCUGUCCGGGCGGGAUCUCGUGGGGGUGGCAAAGACGGGGUCGGGAAAGACCCUCGCCUUUAUCGUCCCCGCGCUCGCGCACAUCGCCCUGCAGGAGCCUCUACGGCCUGGGGAUGGCCCGAUGUGCGUCGUGCUCGCCCCGACCCGCGAAUUAGCGCAGCAAAUCGAGCAAGAAACCGCCAAAGUCCUCCCCCAGCACCUCAGCUGUGGGUGUAUUUACGGCGGCUCCCCCAAAGGCCCUCAGCUUGGGAUGCUUCGGAGGGGCCUCCACAUCCUUGUCGCCACCCCUGGUCGCCUGAUUGAUUUUAUCCAGAUUAAACGAGUCAACAUGCUGCGGGUGACCUACCUGGUGUUAGAUGAGGCCGAUCGCAUGUUGGAUAUGGGCUUCGAGCCCCAAGUCCGGGCGAUCUGCUCACAGAUUCGACCGGAUCGUCAGACGCUGAUGUUUUCGGCCACCUGGCCGAAGGAAAUUCAACGGCUCGCGUCGAGCUUUCAGCGGGACUGGAUUCGAAUUCAAAUCGGUAGUACGGAGCUGCUGGCUAACAAGGACGUCACCCAGAAUUUCAUCCUCACCCAGGAGUCAGGCAAGUUCGAAGAGCUGAAGAAGCUCAUGGGGGUGCACCGAAAUACUCGUGUGCUUGUGUUCUGCAAGACAAAGAAAACCGCAGAUUAUCUCGAGUACCAGCUAAAACGCAUUGGGAUCGACGCGAUGGCCAUUCAUGGGGAUAAAGAGCAGCGUCAACGCGAAUUCAUCCUCGAGCGCUUCCGACGCGAUCACAGGCUCUGUCUGGUCGCCACCGACGUCGCGGCGCGUGGGCUCGAUAUCAAAGAGCUCGAAGUUGUCGUUAAUUAUGAUUUUCCCAUGCAAAUUGAUGACUACGUCCACCGCAUCGGCCGCACCGGCCGCGCCGGCGCCAAAGGCACAUCCUACACAAUGCUUACGAAACAUGAGCAGCAAAUAGGCCCGGACACCAUCCGAGAACUCGUUAAAAUUCUCGAACGAACUCAACAAACGGUGGAACCUUGGCUCCAGGAGUGGGCGGAUGCGCAAAACUACCGCCAUGGUGCCCCCAAACGCAAUCGAAAUAUGAUGGGGAACUUCGGGAAUGGGCGACGGGACUCCCCGAGGCUUCGGAUGCCGGGUGAGGCCCCGUCAUUUAAUCCCCGAGGCGGCGCCGGUGGAAGAGGAAGAGGCAAUCAUUUCGGUCUUGGGGCGCGUGAUGGUGCGCAGGCUUUCAAGGGCACUGAAAAUCCGUAUUAUAAGAAAUUUGAGGAAAGCGACGACGACGAGCGCCCUGCCCUACCUACAAAGCUAGCCAGACAAUGAGUUUGAAAUAAGUAAUCGUUUGUAAAAAAUUAAGCACGGUAAAAUGCGCACCAGAGUAGAAAUUGUAAUGCACAUUGCUUUCAUACCUCUGUAUGGAAAGGCAAAUCCUGCGAUAGACCACGUGUAAAGCAGACCGAGUAAAUUUUAAGUAUAAGUGUAUUUAUGGUAUUAAUAAGUGCUGUUUCAGAAUGGGGGUAUAAGUAAAUGAAAAGACCUUAAACAUAUUGAUUGUAUUAACCCUUCUUUUUUAGAAUAAAAUUGUUAAUAUAAUGUAUUUAUGGAAAGCUGUUAGAUUUUUAUUUCACUUAGGCUUUGUGGAUUUGACUUUUCUUAGUGUUCCUAUUUCUUUGUUUGUCUAAUCUCAUCCUGGUUUUGAUCUGCUGCCACACAAUAUUAGUGAAAUUAGGUGUUAAUUUGUAUUACAUUCUCCUCUGAAAGGCUAAAGUUUAAUUAAGCUAAAGGAAAAAACUCAUAAGAGAUUUCUUAUGNGUAAAAAAUUUCCAUUCCCUUGUUCCUCCUCAUUGACGUCAUCGAUAAACUUAACAAGUGAUUCAAUUUCAGUAUCGAAACCAGUCUCGCUAAAUUUUCAAAGGGUGUUAUCGAAGCGACUAAUCACCCCAUCGAAACGGCUAACUCAAGAUGAUUCCAAGCAUUUUAAAGCAGAAAAAAUAUUCAUCUAUGAUGUCGAUGAUUUCAAGCAAAAUGUACAUGGAUGUGCUUGUAAACGCGUUUGGGGUUUUCAGAUUGCUGUGUUGAAGGAUUUUACUAUAUCCCCAUUAUUAAGUGACUUUUAUGGAGGAUUACGUGUAAGCUACCCUAAAAAGAGCUUGAAGUAAUUAUAUGAACUGUGUAAAUGGAAACUCAACUUUAAGAUGGUGCAUUAAAAAAAAAAUACCACGGAACUUUUGGUGAAUUAAAAUUGCUUCUUAUGACGAUUUUAAAAUUCCUAAAAAUUUGAGCAAUGCACGAACCACAUCAAAGUUAAUGAGUUGUAUUUCGUUUUUUCCUUACGUAUUUUUCGUUAAAAGUGAAAAAUUAUUUCCUAAAAAGUAUACAUUUACGAGCUUUGGACCGUACAUUAAGUUUGUGUGUCCUAUCAUUGUUUUAUACAUAAAUAACGAUAUAUAUUCAUUUACGAUAUUCAACUAGCGGCAAUUCGUGUCAAUUUCAUUCAAAAUGAGUAGGUUUAUAUAGAUUUUUAUUCUUUCCUCUAUAAACAUAUGCAUCAAUGGAAUAUGCAUAUUUUUGAAUAUGGCUUUACUUAUUUUUAUGUUGUCGAAUGAUUUUUUGUUUAAACACUUUGAGAUCUCUGUGAUACACCAAACAUAAU